UACAUGUAAAUCACAUGAUUCUAACAAUGGCAGGAGUAACUUCUCUUUCAGAUCUCUUAAAAAUCUCAUUAUUUAUAAUAGGAUAUAUAACAUACAUAAAUGGCCAGGGGCCUCCUCAAAUGAUACAAUGCACAUCACAAAGCAAUUCCUGCAAAUGCGAGACACCUCAAGGGACAAUAGACUUAUCACCUCUUGCUAGUAAUGAUCAUAAUAAUCCAGCGUUUCGUGAUCAACCAGCACCAGGGACCAUAGAUCUAUUCUCGUGGAAUCCAUGUUAUAACUUCAAUGAGGGUUCUGUUCAAAAUGUGGCGGCUUGCCAAACUACUGCGGGAGGGGUGCUUAUCCAAUAUAACCUUGGCACACAAGAAUCUGCUCAGUUUAUCACAGAUGAAAUCAGGGGACUUGAAAUACAAUACAGUGCUGAUACAGUAGAUCCAUCUGGUAGAAAUGUUGUUAGGACAUCAUAUGUGCAACUGAUCUGUAAUAAAGAUAUUGAUAAACAGUUUACAGCCACAGGGGAGUCACCUCCAGCCUCAGCACAAUAUUACAUGGCAAUAGAGAGCAAGUACGCCUGUCCCCAGGGUGCUCCCCCACCCCCAGUUACCACCCCUCGACCCAGCCCAGGUCCUAGCACCCCAGGAGGUAUCAGCAUUGGAACUAUUCUCUGUAUAAUAUUUAUAGUUGUAUUAGUAAUAUACCUCAUUGGAGGAAUUGCAUUCAUGAAGUUCAGAGGCAAAGAGGGUGCUGAACUCGUUCCCAAUGUGGGCUUCUGGAAAGAACUACCUCUUAUGGUCAAGGAUGGGGGAAGAUUUGUUGUAUCCAAGGUUAAAGGAAAGUCUACAUCAUAUGAAAAUAUAUAACAGGACAAUUAGCCUUAAUAUGAAAAUAUAAAAUAGGACAAUAGCCUUAAUAUGAAAAUAUAUAACAGGACAAUAGCCUUAAUAUGAAAAUAUAAAACAGGACA